CUGUCACACUGGGCCAUUCGAUGGGGAAGUAUCAGAACAAAUUGGAGACUCGUGCUGGCUAAACCUUGGAGUACAGCGACUUUUACGCACGGCUCUGUCUGCAUGCAGCUGUUUUCUGAAAAUACGGGAUUGAUCUGCCCCAGUAAAACACUUGCACACCUAUAAUGGCUUUCACAAUGCUGAGGCCGCUGUCGACUCACCCCUUCUCUUACCCCGCUGACCUGACUUUAAUGUCGGACGACGAGGAGGGAAACCGCAGUGAGAGCGACGGCAGCACCGACCAGGGUUACGGCUGCUGCGGGACUCCAGGGAAGAGUUACCGGCGGGAGACCGGCGGCGUGGUGGUGCGUCAGCGGAACGCCGCUAACGCCAGGGAGAGACACCGGACCCAGAAUGUCAACACGGCCUUCACGGCGCUGCGGACACUUAUCCCCACGGAACCAGUGGACAGAAAACUGUCCAAAAUCGAGACGCUGCGCCUGGCGUCUAGCUAUAUCUCACACUUGGCCAAUGUGCUGGUUGUCGGGGACGGGAGGGAGGACGGCCAGCCGUGCCUGAGUGCUGUCUACAAGGAGGUGAAAGGCAGCGGAGAAGGAAAACAGCCCCGAACUAUCUGCACUUUCUGCCUCAGCAACCAGCGGAAAGGGGUGAAGGACAGACGAGACUGUGUGAAAAUGCACGGGAACAGUGCGAGACAAAUAAGUCGGCGAUGAAACUGUUUCACUUGGAGUAGGAUGGGAUGUUCCUUUGAGAGCAGACCUUGGCAAAACCUCCAGCGGCCAUUCCUGGAGUCUAGAAGCAUCUCAGCAUCACAACAGUCAAAUGGACUACUCUGAAAUUUUGGGAGUUUGCCUCAUUGGUCACUUUACCCAUAACGAGAUGGGAAGAUUGGCACCGGCAGAUGAAGAAACUCUUUCCAGUGUUCUAAUAUCAUAAGUGAAUACUGUAAAAGUAAGGUCAAUAGAGUGUAAAGCUGCUUUCUGACCAUGGAUGUUCUUUUCAUUCUAAUAACUAAUAUGCAGAGCAUGCUGGUGAAACAGACGUACAAUGAAUUCUACACAAACAGUUGUCUUUUAAGGAGCACAAUGUCCCUUGGCCAGACUCUAAGCUUAGCAUUCCUAUUUACACAGGAAUUGAGCAUGGUCAGACACUGUUACUGUAACUGUACUUUACUAAAUGAUGAACACAGAAAAUAUGUUUACAGGUGUUUGAAUUCUACAGGUCGUAAAAUACAAUGUUGCCUGCUUUGGAUGACUGAACGGUUUACAGUCACACAGCACUAUGUGGAUUGUACUGCCAUAGUAAGUACUCAUGAGGCACAAUUUGUAUUUCAAGUAUAUCCUUGUCAUUCAAUUUGCAAACAAAGGAUUUGAACCAACUAUUACUGUUAACUCAACUUAAAGCUCUUGAUCUGACAACAGAUAAUAGCUUCAGUAAAUCUAUGCUAUCAAGGUUUUCUGAUGCUGAUUAGGGUUUAUUUUCAUCAAUAGUGUUUAUUCAUGGGUCACUCUUCAUUUGUACAGUUGGUUUAUAUAGUCGGCUAAUUGACUUUUAAAAUAUGAUGGAUCUAUCAGAAAUGCAAAAAUGGUUUUGGUGCCUGCCCCAGUGGACUGUAUUGGGUUAAAUAAUGAUGAGACAAAACUCCCAUAAAAGUUGUAAGUGUUCUACAAGAUGAAACUAAGACCAUCUGGGGAAGUUUGGUUCACAAACAGGCUUGUAAAACAGAGCAGUUUCAAGAAUAACAUGGGAGAGAAGAGAGCAUUUCAUCCACCAAGCUGCUGCUAUAAGACGUGCAGCAGGAGAAAUCUGUGGGACACUACUGUGUGUGCUCUGUCAUCACGUGUUGUAAUCGACUUUGGAAUUAAAUUUAUUUUUCCAAA